AUAACAUGUACAUCAUACACUGCUCGGUACAAACUGCGAAAUAUAAUCACAAGCAGCAUACCUAACUCUUGCCGACACCUACUUGUACAUUGUGAAUAGUUCACCUCAGGCCAUCCGUUCAUGUUCAAACAGAAGAAUGGCGACUCCAAACCCUACCCUGGCUGUAAAGAAGUCAGGAUUUGCCGACAACUGGCAAGCCGGGAAGACCCUUGCUGAAUGUAAUCUGCGCAUGUUCAGUGAUGAAGACUCUUGUGACGUCACUUUUCAAGUUGGCAGUACGAGUCAUGUGAUCAAGGCCCACCGCUACGUACUCAUCAGCAGGAGCUGUGUGUUCCACGCCAUGUUGUCUGGGCCCCGCAUGAAGAAGUCCGACAUCAGUGUCCCGGAAAUAGAAUAUCAUCACUUCAAACAAUUCCUUAUAUACCUCUACACAGACCACACAAAGGUUGACGUGGACAAUGCCACAGCUCUACUGUACGCCUCCAGGAAGUAUGCCAUAAACACAUUAGAAUCCUGUUGUCUGGAGUUCCUCGAUGAACACCUCUCAGCUGACAAUGCCUGUAUAAUUCUUAAGUCGGCUAAUCGUUUUGGCCAAAGUGAGUUCUACCAGAAAGCAUUGGCUUUAGUAAAGGGUGAAGGUGAGAGGUCACUACAGUCCCCUGAUUUCCUGGCACUGGGUCAAAUGUUGGUGGAUCAGAUCGUGGAGUCGGAUGACCUGGUUGCCCGAGAGCACGUGGUCUUUAACGCUGUCAACAGCUGGGCAGAGGCAGAGUGUCGGCGCAAGGGAAGAGAGGCAACUCCCGAUGCCAAGAGAUCACUUCUAGGUGGGACAUUGAUGAAGGUUCGUUUUCCGCAUUUAGAACAUGCAUUUCUCAGAGAAGAGGUGAAAAACAGUGGGCUCCUGACUGACUCCGAGCGUCUUAAGAUAUUCGAUUACACAGCAAAUUCAAUAAUUGACCCCAAGCCGUUCAAUGCAAAGCCAAGAGCUAGAUAUCACAAAACGCCCAUCCAUUAUGUCAAGAGAUUGACGUCAAUGUAUAAAGGGUAUUCUUGGAAAUACAGCGGCAAACACGAUGCUAUAUCGUUCUAUACGAACAGGAGGGUGAUGUUAACCGGGUACCAAUUGUAUGGUAACUACAGCACCACGGGUGAUUGUGUGUACAGUGUUACCUCCUAUCUAGGGAACGACGAUACAGUGUUGUACUCCAAGAUUCAGGACACCAUGGAGUACAAGGUUCGAGACCGCGUGUACGACGUAAUGCUGGAGAAUCCCGUCACCAUCACUGCGGGUGACUGGUACACUCUGGCAGUGAAGAUCAAAGGACCUAUCACGCCCAGGGGAGAUGGUGGAGUGGAGCAGGUGGUCUGUGAUGACGGAGUUCAGUUUAACUUUAGAAACUCAAAUCACAGCAAAAAUGGCACAAAGCUUUCAUAUGGGCAGAUCCCUUCUCUCAUCUAUCGCCUUGUGUGAAGCUACAAUGUUAACCUUGGUCACACAUUUAUCAUGACAGUGAGUGAGUGAGUGAGUGAG